UUCUGAUUUACACCUUAUUAAAUGAAGGAUCAAAUAAGCUUUCGGUACAAGUUUUGAUGUUUUAAGAAAAAGAAACCAGAGGGACGGCGAGGCUCCCAUCGAAGAGUUUCUUUGCGCGAACGCUAAUAUCACAGGAUGACUCAAGAGGUGGAGAUGAAAGAGGCGCAGGUGCCCUCCCACUCCGUAUCCUCCUUUUCCACCCCAUCCACCCUACAACAUCUGAAGGACAUCGCUGCUCUGAUCGAAACUGGAGCCUAUGCUAAAGAGGUGCGGCGGAUUGUAAAGUCAGUGCGCCUGACGAUUAUGCUCCGCCGCAAGCUUAAAGCUAGCAUUCUGUCGGCGUUCCUCAGCUUUGCCCUAUCUCCGGGCUCAGAAGCGCACUCUAAGCUGUUCUCCUAUCUUCCUAAGGAAGAUGAGCAUGAUAUGGAUGUUGAUACUGCAUCUUCAGCUGCACAAGGUUCUGUUAAGCAUCUUCUACCAGAGAUUGAGAUAUUCUGUUACUUGCUUGUGCUUAUUUUUUUGAUUGAUCAGAAAAGAUAUGAUGAGGCUAAAACUUGUUCUUCCAAUAGCAUUGCUCGCCUAAAGAACAUAAACAGAAGGACAGUUGAUGUUCUGUCAUCUAGACUAUAUUUCUAUUAUUCUUAUAGUCAUGAACUCACAAACAGUCUUGCUGAAAUUCGUGGAAAUCUCCUCGCCCUUCAUAGAAUGGCAACCUUAAGGCAUGAUGAGUUGGGUCAGGAAACCCUUCUGAAUCUUCUUCUUCGAAACUACCUUUACUACAAUUUAUAUGAUCAAGCAGAAAAGCUGAGGUCCAAGGCACCACGUUUUGAAGCUCAUUCAAAUCAACAGUUUUGUCGCUACUUGUUCUACCUGGGGAAGAUAAGAACCAUUCAGUUGGAGUAUACAGAUGCUAAAGAGAGUCUCCUUCAAGCUGCUCGGAAGGCACCCAUCGCAGCUCGAGGCUUCAGAAUCCAAUGCAACAAGUGGGCAAUCAUAGUACGUUUAUUGCUUGGCGAGAUUCCUGAGAGGACUGUUUUCAUGCAGAAAGGAAUGAAGAAGGCCUUAAGCCCCUACUUCGAGCUCACAAAUGCUGUAAGAAUUGGUGAUCUGGAACUGUUCAAGACAGUUGCAGAGAAAUUUUCAAGCACAUUUAGCUCAGACAGGACCAACAAUUUAAUAGUGAGGCUCCGUCACAAUGUGAUAAGAACAGGAUUACGCAACAUUAGUAUUUCAUACUCCCGUAUAUCUCUUUCUGACGUAGCAAAGAAGCUGAGGUUGGAUUCUGAAAACCCCGUCGCAGAUGCUGAGAGUAUUGUUGCCAAAGCCAUUCGGGAUGGUGCAAUCGAUGCGACCAUCGAUCACGCAAAUGGAUGGAUGUUAUCGAAGGAGACCGGCGACAUUUACUCCACAAAUGAACCACAGAUUGCUUUCCAUUCUAGAAUUGCCUUCUGCUUAAACAUGCACAAUGAUGCAGUUAAGGCGCUGAGGUUCCCUCCCAAUUCCCACAAAGAGAAAGAGGGUGCAGAGAAAAGAAGGGAGAGGCAACAGCAGGAGCAGGAGCUGGCUAAGCAUAUUGCAGAGGAAGAAGAUGAUGAUUUCUGAAUCUUUCUAUCUUGGUAGAAUCAAUUAGGUUUUUUCUUUCAUCUGAAGCAUGAGGAGCUUGCAAUGUUCUCCAUUCUUUUGCGUUAAUUUUAUAAUGCCUUACUGUCAUACUUUGUUGGAUUUUACUGUUUUGAUCAGGAUUAGGAGCAGUUUCUUUCUUGUUUGAAAUUUUUAUGUAUUUCACCAGUAAAGAUUGAAUGGCAGCUCACUUUUCCAAAACUUGUUUGGAUUUUCUACUUAUCAUACUAAUUGUUCUUUAUUUUCUAUA